UAAAAGAAGUUCAAAUAUAAAACAAAAAUAUUAAUAUGCAGAGAAGUACAUAAAAUUUGACAUUUUAAUCAUAAAUAUAAGAAAAAAAACUCUUAUCACUUAAUUUACUCGUCUAAAAAUGCUUAAUCACUCUGCUAAAAAUGGAUCAAAUGAUUAAAGUGGAUUGCCUUGGCAUCAUCUUUUAGCUACCAAAAACCGAUGGCAAUGGUUGGCUGCGUGAAGGUGUCACUGCAACUGCCAUCUAACCACCACCACCACCACUACUGUCGCCGCCGCCACCACCAACCCCCACCAAUUUCCACCACCCAUUGCGCUCUAACCAAGCAAGGCCACCGCUUUCUCUCCUCCCUCGCCACCACCACCGACGAUCCAUCACACUCCAAUCGCUUAAUCCGUAAAUUCGUACUCUCCUCUUCCAAAUCCAUAGCUCUCAAUGCCCUCUCCCAUCUCCUCUCCCCCCACACUCCUCACCCCCACCUCUCCUCUCUCGCUCUCCCCUUGUAUUCGAGGAUCAGCGAAGCUUCAUGGUUCAAUUGGAACCCAAAGAUAGUAGCAGACCUCGUCGCUUUGCUUGAUAAACAGGGACAAGAAGACAAAGCACAGUCCUUGAUUUCCGAGACCGUUUCCAAAUUAGGGUUUCGAGAACGCGACCUGGCUCUUUUCUACUGCAAUUUGAUUGAUUCUCACUCCAAACACAAAUCGAAACCAGGUUUUUUCGAUUCCUACGCACGUCUGAAGGAGUUGGCGUGUGCUUCAUCCUCUGUUUAUGUGAAACGUCGCGCAUUUGAAUCGAUGGUCAGUGGCUUGUGCGCUAUGGAUCUACCUCCUGAAGCUGAGAAUUUGAUGAAAGAGAUGAGAGGUUUAGGAGUGAAAUCAUCUGCAUUCGAGUUCAGAUCUGUGAUAUACGCGUAUGGAAGAUUAGGCUUGUUCGAUGAUAUGAAGAGAUGUGUGGUUCAAAUGGAGAUUGAAGGUUUCAAAUUAGAUACAGUUUGUUCAAAUAUGGUUCUCUCAUCUUUUGGAGCUCACAGUGAGCUCCCGGAGAUGGUUUUGUGGCUCCAAAGAAUGAAAUCUUCAGGUGUUUCGUUUUCAAUUCGAACAUAUAACUCGGUGUUGAAUUCUUGCCCAACAAUCAUGACAAUGCUUCAAGAACUCAAAACUGUUCCCAUUUCAAUCCAAGAGCUGAUGGAGAAUUUGCUCGUCGAUGAAGGUUUGCUGGUUCAGGAGUUGAUUGGAUCAUCAGUUUUUGAGAAGGCAAUGGAAUGGAAUUCAUUGGAGGGGAAGUUAGAUUUGCAUGGAAUGCACUUGGGAUCUGCCUAUUUGAUUAUGUUACAGUGGACAGAGGAGCUGCGGGCAAGGUUCCGGGAUCAGAAUCAGGUGGUUCCGGCAGAGGUUACAGUGGUUUGUGGGUCAGGAAAGCAUAGCACAGUUAGGGGAGAGUCGCCGGUGAAAGGUCUGGUUAAACAGAUGAUGGUUCGGAUGAAAUGUCCAAUGAGAAUUGACCGGAACAAUGUGGGAUGUUUUGUUGCCAAAGGGAGAGUGUUGAAAGACUGGUUAGGUUGAUCAUAUCAAAAGUGAUAGCUCUUGAGAAAUUUCAAAUGUUCUCCGUAUUAUUUGCUGAUGAAUUAAAAUCAAGUUUUGGGCAUGGAGUACA